AUGUUUUUGAUCUCCCAUGUGAAUAGAUAUGUUAGUAUAAAUCUGGUCAGACCUGUCUCAGAUCUACCCCAUACUUAUUCAAAAGGUAAGACAGAACGAUUGUCUUCACGUAUGCAAGAAAAGAAGCCUCAGCUCAACUUGCCUGAUAUACUUGGAAUCACACCAUUGUAUCAUCUCAUUCCUAAACAAGAAUUAGUGCCUCUUCUAUGCUUUUCUGAUGUUUCAGUUCCUAAUCCUGAUCUUACCCAAUAUCUCCCCCAGGCAUCACAGCCACUUCUACUGCGCGUGUUAGAUUGCCUAGAUUCAAAUGAGAAUGAUGAAAUAUCUGCUUGUUCGGAUUUGUUGCUGGAAAUUGGUGCUUAUGAGCAUACGGAUGUAAGUAAUGUCGUCUUUAGAAGACCAGUCAUGGCUACCCAGACUAAAAGAGAGGUCGUUCCGAAUAUUUCUAAGCUUGAACUCGAGACUUUGCAAGCAACGAGCCGGAUCAAAUUCGAAGACCUCGUUCUCAGGGAUCAACAAGUACAAUUAGAACUGGAUGAUGCGGAAGAUAUGAGAGACAUUCCAAAGAGAACGAACAAAGAAGCUUUUCGAGAACAUGUCAGAAAUUUCGAUACCAAGUUUCGGAAACUCAAUCCCACAAAUACAGGUAAAGCUCCAAAGAGCGUCAGAAGGGAACGACUACCACCCAGAAACACGUCUCUUUCUUUUCCUCAACUCAAAGAUGCAAGAGUUGCCAGCAUCUUGGCAAUCGUAGAUCAAGUGAUUAAUGAUGAAGGUAGUAUGAAUGCCUCAGAUCAAGUACCUGACAAUGCGGAAAUCAAAUUACUUCAUCCCGCAGAUAUGGAAACGAUCUCAAAGAACUUAGACGCUUUGUAUAAUUCCGCGGAAUUCAGGGAUCUCAGUAUUGACAUGCUUCUUAAGGUACAAAUACUAUGUAUGCGUGAUCUUUCGCAACCCGGAAACAUUAAUCAAAGAAGUAUGGACGAUUUGAGCGCUUCUCUCAUGGCAUGCUCCAUUCUUCUCCGUACUCUCAACAGUCAACUAGAUGAUCGAAGGCUUUAUAUGGACUCUCGUUUGGGAGAGGCCAUCAACUUCUUGUCAAAGCUAGUGUUUGAGAUCUUUCGUUCUAAAAGAUGCGCACUCUUAAUUCCUCAAACAGUCGAAACUAUGAACUUUCUAGCGCCUCUUCUCAAGUUGAAUCUGGGAAACGAUCAGGUGUUGGGCAGUGUUGAGACUUUUAUUCUAUCACUGAUUUUCGAAGAUACAUGCUACAAUGGUCUCGAUGAUUUGCGGAAUUGCAUUAUUUUACUUCUCGUUCAAAUUUACACAAGCGCUCCAAGCCAUAGGAGUUAUAUUAUCAAUGAACUCUUAAUGAAAUUCAAGGAUAAUUCUCAAGGGAGAGCCAUUUCAAGUGCCUUUAGACUUUCGAAUGGUUCCUCGAUUCUGGUAUUUGCAGCUUUGCUUGUAAAACUUAUAGAAUCACAAGAUUUAACUCAACUCAAAAAGAAGCUAGACCUCUUUUCAGGUCAAAUCAAGACCUUGGGCGAGGAGCACCAUAUUUCACAGAAAAGGCUUGGUCUAAUCGAUACUAUUAUAUCCUCUGGUGAAGAUGUGCAAUUUGUGACGAAUCAAUUGGUAGACUUCGUCCUGCAGUUCCUUGCCCUGAAUGACUCUUCAAUUAAAGAUCGCUUCGCAACAUUGCUCCAGGAACUUCUAGAAAUGGCCUUUUUACCUGAAUAUCCGGGAGCGCCUAUUAUCAUUUCUGCUAUAAGCCAGAGACUCUUAGAAGAUUUUCGAAAUGGUGUAUUUGCAGCAGGUAUUGAACCUUUCGUAUUGGAAAUCGUAAGCAAAUGUGCAAUAGUAGUCUUGAAGAUGAAGAUGAAUGCUUCUGAAGUACCAAAUUGCGAAGGAUCGAUUGAUACCAAUAUUCUUGCAGCUGCGUCAAAGCUACACAAAAGCAAUUUAUUGAGCUGCCAAAGAGUGUAUUCUGAUAAAUUCGAGUAUCGGGUCCAAAGUUCUCUCAUCUACUUUGCCAAAUUAUUCAAUACACUUCAAAGGCACCGAACAUUCAGCAUAUUCUACCAAAUCGAUGUGGAUUCAGAAUCUUCCAAGCUCGAUCAUGUUUCUACAAGAAAUUUGGAUAUUUUAGAUGAAUUUCUGGACAUGCUCGUGAAUGGACACACACUGAGGUUCUUGAAAGGAUAUGCUCAAGACGACGAAAACACUCAGAAACUAUAUGACCAGAUGUUAUUGAGUACCUAUUACAUCAGUAUUUAUGAUCAUUUCUUAGAAACGCUUUGUAUGAGUUUAGAGUCGCACAGGGCAAAAUUGGCCUCAAAGGCAAUUCGAGUGCUAAGUCUCUUAAUUGACUUAGAUCCUAAGCUUCUACUGAUCAGUAGUAUUAAAAUCUCAAUUUCUAAUUUGUUGCAAGAGGGUUCGCCUCUCUCCAGAGAUGCAGUUAUUGAGUUGAUUGGGAAUUACAUGUUCACAGGAUCAGAGCUACUUGAAAAGUACUAUCUUUUAAUUGGCUCGCGCAUACAUGAUGACAGUAAGCUAAUUCGCAAACGAGUAAUACGAUUGAUGAAGCGCCUUUAUAGCGAGUCAACAACUUCUGAAUUGAAAGUUUACUCGUCGCUCAAACUAAUCAGGUGUCUUGACGACCGAGAAAUGAGUGUCGUCAAUCUUGCAAUCAACUCGAUAACUUGCUUAUGGUUUAAGGAGACAAGCAAUGAGAAGUUGCAGAUUAUUCUUAGUGAAGUUGUUCUGAAAGACUCUCGUCUGUGUCGACUCUUUCAGGACUUUAUUAGAACAAUUUUGACCGGGAAAGAUCAGGGUGAAUAUGUAUCUGAUAUCAAGAGCAUCAUUGGCUUUACUUUCAAUUCAAUUGUCAAUGAUAUUGAAUCGGAAUCUCUGACGUCCUUGAUUUCCCAUUUGAAUCUUGCCAUCGCUUUUGCCGAAGUCGAUGGAAACUUGAUAAGUCAAGCCGAUUUAUUGACCGUCAGCCCAUACAUUGUUUUACCUGAAUCACUUGUUGGAGGAUCAGCACUACUCAUUCUCAAGUUAUUACGAAUAGUUCUUCCGACUUGUCGAGUGUUGCGUCCAGACUUCGUGACGACUACCCAAACAGCGCUAUUACAAAACCUUACAAAAUUCUCUUCUUUGGAACUUUUUGAAGCUAUAUCGGUUGUUCAUGAACUAUGCAAAGUACAAAACGACUUCACUCGUGAACUAAAGGCCUCCAUUUCAUCAAUGAAAUUACUCUAUUCAAUGACAGAUGCCGGAUACGCCCUAACGAAACCGGCUGAAUCGCGGAAAUUUGUGCGUUUGAUAAACUUGAUAGGUGCCUUUGUGUCUACUUGCUCUUUUGACAACUCUCGUCCAUUAUUCCAAAAACACAAGGUAUUAUUGCCAGGUGCCCGGGAUGUGUCAAGCUCAUUUGUAGAGCUUUUUUUAAUGAUUUACCACAACAAUGUGAACUUAGAAAUCAGAAUUGCUUGCAUUGACAAUGUUCUUCGGAUCGCCAAUACUCAUCCUGUGAUGUAUUCUAACCAAAAUCUUCUCAAAACUGUCGAUAGCAUAUUUAGUGGGGCACAAAAUGAUAUCAAACUCAUAGUUGUUGAAUGUUUGAUGAGUUUUUUGCACAAGGAAGAUGAGAAUGCUAAGCUUCGCGCUGGGUUUAAGUCCACUUCGUCAAAAAGUAUUAAUUUCAAUGGAGCCAGCUUCGACGAUGUUGUUCCACGAUCCGUGAAUGACGAAAUUUGUUCAAAUGUUGCUCAAAAGUAUUUACCAGCGGUGCUCAAUAUCUGUAUAUCACAGCCGAACGCAGAAAGCCCCGUUUUGUUCAUGCAGCUCGCUCUCAAACUUGGUCUAGCAAAUCCCAAGGUGUGCAUCUCCACAAUUAUUGCUCUAGAAGCAUCUCACAACAAAAAGAUACGAGGAAUUGCCACAAGUUUACAUGUAGAUUUAUUCCAAAAGCAUGAAUCUUUGGCAGACUCGAAUUAUCUAGAGGCUUUCAGGUUGGCUAUCUCUUACGUCAAAGCCUUCACGAAUGGACAAAUUGAUCAAGCACCUCACUUUCUUAGAAAUGUGUAUCGUGUUGUCAGCAGCGCGUACAUAUCCAGAAAGAAGUUGGUAUUGACUUUAAUGAGAGUCUUUGAGAGCGGCUUCUCUGCUCAGACUUUAGCAGACGCUUGUUCUAAAAGAGACGAAAUUAUUUUCCUCGCUCUUAACCUCCUGGCUGUCAACUACACUUGUCUUGAGGAAGUUUGCAUCAUCUUACAUACAUUGGAUCGCGUCAUCCUAAGCGAUGGAUAUGAUCUCUCUGAUCGUGUAACGGAUGCAAUGGGUCUUCAUCAGAAAGGUGGCAUGAUGAUUGAAAAUUUACAAAUCAUUUUUGUCCAGUGCCAAUCGAUUCUAGCUCUCAUUCAAUUGCGCUUCGUUUUGGCCACAACAUACAACAUACGUCCAAUGGUAAUGAGGGAAUUUAGGCCCAAUAAACCUAACUUGGAUUUACGCCAGCAAACCAGGAUCUACAAGCAAAUUGACUUCUCAGUGAAAGAGCUCGGUCUCAAAACGAAUCUCUCGGUCCCAGCUAAAUUUGGCCCUAUCUAUUCAAAAGUGGUGCAUGCUAUAGCGGACCACGUCAUUUAA